CAGAGAGAGGCCUUCGAAGUAGAACUCAAAUGGUUUAGCCAAAAGUCCAUGAAAUUGCCAAAAACUCACAAGAUGCAUCAACUUGAUCCAAUAUUUGAGAAUGGAUUGCUCAGGGUAGGAGGCAGAUUAAGAAUUUCUUCUGCAUCCCUGGAAUUAAGGCAUCCAGUGAUUUUACCUAAGGAAGGCAUUGUCACACAGCUUAUACUUGACCAUUGUCAUAAGAAGACACAGCACCAAGGCCGAGGGCAAACAUUGAAUGAGCUCAGAGCCAAUGGUUUUUGGAUAUUAGGUGCUAGCAAGUUGGUGGCCAAGUAUAUUAAGAACUGUGUCACUUGCAGAAAGGUUCGUGGGCCGACAGAACAACAACGUAUGGCAGACCUGCCCAGUGACCGAGUUGAACCCUCUCCUCCGUUCUCAUACGCUGGGAUUGAUUGUUUCGGCCCUUUCUACACCAAACAGGGUCGUAAAGAACAUAAGAGGUAUGGUCUAUUGUUUACAUGCCUCAGCUCUAGAGCCAUCCACAUAGAAAUGUUGGAGGACCUCACCACUGAUGCAUUUUUAAAUGCUUUGAGAUGCUUUAUAGCAAUCAGAGGAGCAGUAAGACAGAUUCGCUCUGACCAGGGUACAAAUUUCCUUGGAGCAAAGAAUGAAUUGAAGAAGGGUCUAAUGGCUCUAGACAAGGACCGGAUUGUGACUUUCCUUGCAAGAAAGCAGUGUGACUUCCUCAUGAAUGUUCCUGAAGCAAGCCACAUGGGGGGCAUUUGGGAACGCCAGAUACGGACGGUUAGGAGCGUCAUGAGCACUGUUCUGGCACAAGCUAAUGGAAGACUUGAUGACACCUCAUUGAGGACAUUUUUCUAUGAGGCUAUGUCGAUUGUAAAUAGUCGUCCGCUCACCACAGACACUAUCAGUGAUCCUAAGAGUGUUGAGCCUUUAACGCCUAAUCAUUUGCUCACAAUGAAGUCUAUUGUGCCCCUCCCACCACCAGGCAAUUUUGUAAAAGAAGAUUUAUAUGCCAGAAAACGGUGGCGUAGAGUGCAAUACUUAUCGGAGCAAUUUUGGAGCAGGUGGCGCAAAGAAUACCUGGCUAACAUAAGCCUGAGACAGCGAUGGCAUGUGCCCAGACGGAAUGUGAGGGUGGGAGACGUAGUUAUUGUCAAGGAGGACAAUGUUCCCAGAAACGAAUGGAGACUUGCCAGAGUGGUCGAAGCAAGGAAGGAGGAUGAUGGUUUGGUGCGCAAGGUCAAAAUUCAAAUAGGCCACAGUAAAUUAGGUAAGCAAGGUGAACGCUUAACACAACCAACCUUUCUUGAACGUCCAGUUCAAAAACUAGUGGUGCUAGUUGAGCAGAAUACAUAGGCUAGUAUCACAAUAGCGUUUAGCGCUGCUGUUAAGGGUUAAGCUGUUACACAAAAUAGGUGUGAUAGUUAUUUUCUUAUUUGGGGAAAAUUACAAGAUGUAUUUCAUUGGUUUAACAUAGAGGUAACAUAAAUCUUUGUAAUUUUGGUGGCAGUGUAGCUGUCGCUGAGGGUAUUGUUUAUUUAUUUAUUUUUUGUUGUUUUGAUGGUUUUGUGUAUGGAUGUUUUUGUUUAUGUAGUUGACGAUGUAUAUUGAGUUGUGAUUAUGAUGACCCCUGCUGGUCAUGUGAUGGGCGCACGGAAUGGUGGGAAAAAUGUGCAGUCUGUUUUUUGGAGCUACGGUAUAUGAGCGGAGUUCGACCGUGGAGCCUUGGCAGCUCCUGGUUUUCUGGUUGGAAGGCGCACACGUUUUUCACGGUGUUUGGAGCAGUGUAAAGUGUAAAAGGAAGACAAUAAAGCUCAAUCAAACAUCCGUUGGAUCGUGGUUUUUCUGACCAGGAAGAAAAGU